CGCCCGCGCAGCCGGUGGGCGCUCCGACCGCCGCCCCUGUGGCCUACUGGGCAGCAUCUCAGCAUUACGACUGUUGCCAGGCCACCGGCGCCCCGGGCCAACUCUGAGCGUGUGCAAUGACCGAAAUAUUAAGAGAGGAGACCAAAAAAAUCUACAACUUUUCAUCUACCGCAUAUUGCUGAGUAUGCCAUGCUGGCAGCCCUGCAGAAACAGAUGUUACUUGAGAUAUUCCUGUUCAGUUGGCAGCUGUUCUAGACACAUUUGAUCUCGUUGCCGCAUCAAGACGCUAGGCAAAGGAGGGGAUCGGGACUCUCGUAUUACCCGGAAAGAUAAUUGACAUUCCUCGCCAUUCAAAAUGGCGCAAGUGCGCACAGCGACUCUCCUCUUCCUGUUCGCCGGGACGUCUACUCUCAUCUCGGUGAUGAUAAUAACAGGAUCCAUUCAGAAACUCAUUCAACAUACGUCCCGCACUGUCAAGGACGAAAGCAGGGAGGAAGCACUUGAAAACAUAGACUUCUGGAGGAACGUUGAAUUGGAGGAAAGCGAUCUGCCUUCCAAUAUCAACGAAACGGCAGCUCAGACUCAAGUCGAAUACAGAAAAAUCAGUGUCAUGGAGACAGACAUCUUUUAUCGAGAAGCACAGCCGCCGGAGGGAGUGAGAAGCAGCGGGGAAGCGGUCGUUCUUCUCCACGGGGAAGGGUUUUCGUCGAAAAAUUGGGAAGAACUGAAAACCAUCGGCGCCCUCGCUGCCAUGGGCCAUCGGGUGCUGGCUGUCGAUCUUCCAGGGCAUGGGAAUUCAAGCCAAGGCGACCCAGGUGAUAAGGCUGAUUUCUUGCAAGAGUUGUUAACGAAGCUGGAAGUUACAAAACCAGUCUUGGUUUCCCCCUCCUCGAGCGGCAGCUACUCCAUCCCGUUCGUCAUCAAAUACCCGCAGGCUCUUGGUGGAUUCGUGCCCAUCGCUCCAGUGAGCACUGAGAAGCUCAAAGCAAAUGCGCCGGAACUGAUGAUUCCGACGUUCAUCACGUACGGCGAACUGGACCUGGACCUCGGCCACAGGUCGCGCGAGGUCUUGUUCGCCCGCAUCCCGACCUCGCAGAUAGUGCCGCUGCCCGACGCCAACCACGCGGCCUACCUGGAUCAGCCAGUCUUGUUCCACACAUUACUCUAUAACUUCAUUCAAAACAUCCACGCUCGCAAAGCCUAAGGCCAUGUUUUUUUGUGUCGGUAUGAUUCUGAAAAAAAUAAGAUUGGUUUUAAUUUUUCUUUAUUUGAUGUUCUUAUACUGGUAGGCUCAACGUCGGUGAAGAUUUAAAAUAUGGCUAUUUUCUUUAUUUUGCCUCCACACGUUUUUUUUUUUUUGCUACUAUCUCUUUCCAAGAUCGCACUUGUGUAUGCCCCUUUAUUUUUUAAUACUUAUCCAA